AUGUCGGAGGUGUCGGCCCUGUUCGCCAAGCGCAAGGACAAGCAGAAGAAGCCGAAGGUCGUCUCGAUAGACGCCGUCGCCGAGGUGCUCGUCCGCCACGCCAACAAGACGGAAUUCGAAGCUUUUGCUGAGGUUGAAGACUCGCGCCCAAGCGUUGACGCACCGCCGCUGCGACCCGGCGUUGACACCGAGUGGAUCGACGAAUUUGAGGAUGACUGUGGACGUCUCGAGGGCCUUGGCAUCAAAGACAUGGGUGCCGAGAUCAGCGAGAAGGAGGAAGUGAGCGAACACGCGCAAGAAAACGUCGUCGAGGUGCAACACAAGGGCUGGUUCGAUAAGAAAGAAGACGGGCAGACAGAUGACGAGUCCUCGGCGCCAAUCGUCGCCAAGCCGGCCACCGGCGGCGCCUACCGGCUGAGGGUCAACCGCGCCAACAUCGACCUCACCAAUCAGGAAAUGUUCCCGACAAUCGGCGCCGCCGUCGAGAUGGAGAAGCGACACAAGGACGACAAGAAGAACCCGUGGACUUCCGUGGAGCAGCCGCCGGCCUCUGGCGGAAGAUACGUGCCGCCGUGCAGGCGAGCCGAUGAUGACGCCGAUUUUGCCGCCAGCCGCCGCGCUGCAAAGGAAGACGCCAUCGCCGCCGCCCGCGCCAUGACGCGCACGCCGACGGCUAGCGCUCCACGCCCCUGCCCGGCCGGCGACUUGAAGCCGAGCGCACCCCCUGCCCAAGUUGACGCCAAGCCUGAAGAAACGAAGCCCGCCGCUCGCACCAAGCCCAAAUACCAGUGCAGCAAUGCUAUCUGCCGCCAUCAGCCUUACCAGCUGGCUCAGCAUACGGUGGCGCACCUCGCCUUCCGACCCUGGAAAUGUUCUGUUUGCGAAUAUACUACGACUCGAAAAGGCGACCUGCAGGUGCAUCUGAACGCGCAACAUCAGGGAACCGGCCGGGCCGUCGAUAACCGCACUGCCGAAUACUUCGAUGCGCUCGAGGCGAAGAUAAACGCCAACUUUCCGGCUCACUCAAGUGCCAUCGCUAAAUACAUUCGAGAACAAAAGAAGGCAUUGGAAUUUCGAGAUGCAUCUGAUCAUGCAGAUGACAAUCGGCAAGAGUGUCGAAAACUUUCUAGUUGCAUGGAAUGCAGAACCCCGAUGCGCUCAACUAGUGCUCCGUAUCUGGUUCGGCACUCGUUGUCACACCUCUCCUUCCGACCCUGGAAAUGUUCUGUUUGCGCCUGUACUAGGUCUGAGAAAGACAAGCUGCAAACGCAUCUGAACGCGCAACAUCAUGGUAAUGGUUGGGCCAUCGAUAACCGCACUGCUGAGUUCUACGAUGAGCUGGAGGCGGAGACGAAAACCGACUUUCCGGCUCACUCAAGUGCCAUCGCGAAAUACAUUCGAGGACGAAAGAAGGCGGCGGGAUUUCAAGAUGCAUCUGAUAAUGCAAGCCGCCAUGACAUGACCCCGGUGACACCUGGAAAAGGCCUUGCCGUGAAGCGCCGCUGGCCUACUGACGACAAUCCGACGGAUUCGGAAGAGGAAGAAUACCGUCAAACAACGCCCGUUUGCAUGCAGUGCAGCACUGCGAUCUCCUGCGCUGACCCUUGCCAGGUCGCUCGGCACUCGGUGGCACACCUCACCUUCCGGCCCUGGAAGUGUUCUGUCUGCCCAUAUACUACGACUCGGAAAGGCAACCUGCAAAAGCAUCUGAAGGAGCGACAUCAUGGAAACGGCCGGGUUCUCGAUAAUCGCACUGCCGAAUACUACGAUGCGCUCGAGGCGAAGACGAAAGCCAACUUCCCGGCUCACUCUAGUGCGAUCGCUAAAUACAUUGGAUGUCAUAAGGAGGCAUUGGGAUUUGAAGAUUCAAAAGAUCAUGAAGAAGACCAGCCGCAAGACGGGCGAAAAAUCUCCGUCUGCAAGGAAUGCAAAAAUUCUAUUGGCUCAACUAAUGCUUUGCAUCUCAUUCGUCACUCGUUGACGCACCUCACCUUUCGACCCUGGAAGUGUUCUGUCUGUACCUUUACUGCGAAACCGAAAUCCGUUGUGAAGACGCAUCUGAACGUGCAACGUCAAGGAAAUGGCCGGGUCAUCGAUAAUCGCACUGCUCAAUACUACGAUGCCCUCAAAGAAAAAGCCCAAGCCAACUUUCCUGGCCGCGCAAAGGUUAUCGCCAAGCCCGACCGGAUAACGAGGAUGCCACCACUCCAGAAGACAACCCACAAAUUGUUCAUAUCACAGCCCCUGGCGACAAAGGUCUCGACAUUCCGCGAAACGUUGCAGACAAGGCCUGAAGCUGCGUCGUCAAAUGCUGGUACGACAGCCGAGGUGGCCGUUCUGACAAUUCCAUCAGAAUCACCGCCAUUCCAUGCCAAUUCGGCCUUCUCUCCUCCGUCAAGAGUAGCUGUCGUACAACCACGCAUCGAGACCGUGCCCCAAAUCGACACUGACCACAGCAUCGACAAGCGCUUCGAUGAGACCAUUAUGACAACGAAGCUGGGAGGAGCCAAGAUCUCAUCGGACAUGGCCAGAACACGCGCUGCAAUGAGGGAGACGAAAUCUGACGUGGCUCGCAUGCAAAUUAACAUGGCACUCCUGGAGACCCUCUCGGAAACGCGGAAUGCCGAAAAUCGCCGCCUGAAGCAGCAGAACGACCAGCAGUGCAGCCAGGCGAUCUCCAGAAAUGAGCCUAGUCACCUCGCUCUGCACUCGUCGAUGCACCUCGCCAUUCGACCCUGGCAGUGUUCUGUCUGUACCGUUACUGCGAAACUGAAAAGCCAUGCUAAGACCCAUCUGAAAACCCAACAUCAAGGAAAUGGCCGGGUCAUCGAUAAUCGCACUGCUGACUACUACGAUGAGCUCGAGGCGCAGACGAAAGCCAACUUUCCAGCUCAUUCAAGGGCCAUCGCUAAAUACAUUGGAAGUCAUAAGGAGGCACUGGGAUUUCAAGAUGCAUCCGAUAAUGAAGAUGACAAUCCGCAAGACGGUCGAAAAAUCUCCAUAUGCACGGAGUGCAGUCAUUCGAUUCGAACGUCAGCUAGGGCUCUCUCUGAGCACUCGUCGACACACCUCGCCAUCCGACCCUGGAAGUGUUCUGUUUGCGCAUGUACUAUGUCUGAGAAAGGCAAUCUGCAAAAGCAUCUGAAUGAGCUACAUCAAGGAAAUGGUUGGGCCAUCGAUAAUCGCACUGCUGAGUACUACGAUGCGCUAGAGGCGAAGACGAAAGCCAAUUUCCCGGCUCAAUCAAGUGCCAUCGCUAAAUCCAUUGGUGGACAAAAGAAGACAUUGGGAUUUCAAGAUGGCUCCGAUCAUGAGGAUGACUAUGCGCAAACCCGUCGAAAAAUCUUCAGCUGCAAGGAAUGCAGACGUUCUAUUGUCUCAACUAGGACUUGGUAUCUGGCUGAGCACUCGGUGGCGCACCUCUCCUUCCGACCCUGGCAGUGUUCUGUCUGUACCUUUACUGCGAAACUGAAAUCCGUUGUGAAGCACCAUCUGAAGACCCAACAUCAAGGAAAUGGCCGGAUCAUCGAUAGUCGCACUGCUGAAUACUAUGAUGCGCUCGAGGCGAAGACGAAAGCCAACUUUCCGGGUCACUCAAGUGCCAUCGCUAAAUCCAUUGGAAGACGAAAGGAGGCAUUGGGAUGUCAAGAUGCAUCUGAUCAUGAAGAUGACAAUCCGCUAGACGAUCGAAAAAUCUCCCUCUGCAAGGAAUGCAGACACUCGAUUGUCUUAACCCAUACUGGGCAUCUGGCUCAGCACUCGUCGACACACCUCACCUUCCGACCCUGGAAAUGUUCUGUUUGCGCUUGUACUACGACUCAGAAAGGCAGUUUGCAAAGGCAUCUGAACGAGCAACAUCAAGGAAACGGCCGGGUCAUCGAUAAUCGCACUGCUGAAUACUACGAUGCCCUCAAAGCAAAGGCGCAAGCCAACUUUCCUAGCCGCGCAAAGGCUAUCGCCAAGCACAUUGGAGGACAAAGGCACGUCUCGGGAAUUCAGGGCGGCGUCGAUAACGAGGAUGACACUCCAGAAGACAACCCACCAAUUGUUCGUCGCCCAGCUCCUGGCAACAAAAGUUCGGUGCCGCAAGGAGUGGUGCCGGAUGCUGUUCCACCACGAUCCAAAGAGAAAUCGACUCAUCGAACGAUGGCCGAUACUCAAAGCGAAGUUAAGCAAGAGCUACUAGAUGUCGAAAAUUCUUCAUUUGAUUUUCAUGUCGUAAUCGAGGGAAGUGAGGCGGAUGCUCUUGCUGAUGCUCAUGCUCCAAUCCGCCACCAAAACGAGCAAAAUGUCCGGAUUGGUGACAAAGACCAAUCAUCCUCGCCUACCCUUCAUCCAAUCGUUGUCAAGGAAGAACUUCUAGAUGAAAAUCCAGCCGAAGAACCGAGACGAAUCGAUAAGAAGAAGAAGAAGAAGAUCAAAAGAGGCGAGGAGGACUGGGCAGCCGAGGAAACUCUCUCGGAAAAGCGGAAUGCCGAAAAUCGCCGUCUGAAGCAGCAGAACCACCAGCAAGCCGCCAUGGUGAAGCUGCUGCAGGAAGAAAUGACGGCGAUGAAGGAGCGGAUCCGCAAUGGC